CCUCUUUGAGUUACCGGACAGCGAAACAGCAGGCAGAAGGAAUUUCCGGAGUCGGACCAUUACAUAGGCUUUAGAUUUAGCUGUUCAUUUGGCCUUUACUGUUUAAUGAACUUUUAGUAAUUCAAGCGAAAAACUGGCAUGCUAGCAAGCUAAAGAAGUAUUCGCGCUUUGUUUUGCCCUAUCUGCCUAAAAACACACAUCAAACUUAUCCCACUUGGCGUUAAACGCAACCCAGUCAUGGACUCAGACGAGGGUUACAAUUACGAAUUCGACGACGAGGAAGAGGAAUGCAGCGAAGACAGUGCCGAAGAGGAGACCGCCGACGACACCCUGGAGCUCGGCGAGGUGGAGUUGGUUGACCCCGUUGUGGCCGGAGGAGAGCGAGACGACUGCGGGGAGACGGGAGGAAGCGGCCUCGGGCCCGGGCAGGAUGAGGAAGACUACCGCUUUGAGGUGCUAACCGCCGAACAGAUCCUGCAGCAUAUGGUGGAGUGUAUCAGGGAGGUCAACGAGGUCAUCCAGAAUCCUGCUACAAUCACUAGAAUAUUACUUAGUCAUUUCAACUGGGACAAAGAAAAGCUGAUGGAAAGGUACUUUGAUGGUAACCUGGACAAGCUAUUUUCAGAGUGUCACGUUAUAAACCCCAGCAAGAAGUCUCGGACACGCCUCAUGAACACUAGAUCGUCGGCACAGGACAUGCCAUGUCAGAUUUGCUAUCUCAACUAUCCGAACUCUUACUUCACUGGUCUGGAAUGUGGGCACAAGUUCUGCAUGCAGUGCUGGGGUGACUAUUUAACCACCAAAAUCAUAGAGGAAGGAAUGGGACAGACCAUUUCUUGUCCUGCUCAUAGCUGUGAUAUUCUGGUGGAUGACAACACAGUCAUGCGACUGAUUACAGAUUCAAAAGUGAAGUUGAAGUACCAGCAUUUAAUAACCAAUAGUUUUGUAGAGUGUAACCGACUGUUAAAAUGGUGUCCAGCACCUGACUGCCAUCAUGUUGUCAAAGUACAGUACCCAGAUGCCAAACCUGUCCGGUGCAAGUGUGGUCGGCAGUUUUGCUUCAACUGUGGAGAAAAUUGGCACGAUCCAGUGAAGUGUAAGUGGUUAAGAAAGUGGAUAAAAAAAUGUGAUGAUGACAGUGAGACAUCAAACUGGAUUGCAGCAAAUACAAAGGAAUGUCCAAAAUGCCACGUCACCAUAGAGAAAGAUGGUGGCUGCAACCACAUGGUGUGCCGGAACCAGAACUGCAAAGCAGAAUUCUGCUGGGUUUGCCUGGGGCCCUGGGAGCCACAUGGCUCUGCUUGGUACAACUGUAAUCGUUACAACGAGGAUGAUGCCAAGGCAGCCCGGGAUGCUCAAGAGCGCUCCAGAGCAGCCCUGCAGAGGUACCUGUUCUACUGCAACCGCUACAUGAACCACAUGCAGAGCCUGCGCUUCGAGCACAAGUUGUACGCCCAGGUCAAACAGAAGAUGGAGGAGAUGCAGCAGCACAACAUGUCAUGGAUCGAGGUGCAGUUCCUGAAGAAGGCCGUGGAUGUGCUGUGCCAGUGCCGCUCCACGCUCAUGUUCACCUACGUUUUUGCGUUCUACCUCAAGAAGAACAACCAGUCUAUCAUCUUCGAGAAUAACCAGGCAGAUCUGGAGAAUGCUACAGAGGUUCUGUCUGGAUACCUGGAACGAGACAUCUCCCAAGAUUCUCUGCAGGACAUUAAGCAGAAAGUACAAGAUAAAUACAGAUACUGUGAGAGCAGACGGAGAGUGCUGCUGCAACACGUACAUGAAGGCUAUGACAAAGACCUGUGGGAGUACAUCGAGGAUUGAGGCUACAUCUCCACACCACAGACUCUCAGAGACAAACUCCACCCACUAGAGCGCUGAUGCAAUGACAACAGAGCAGCACAGACCUCUGCUGCCUCCUCCCUGGCAAACCGCCCUGCAUUGCAUCAUUUUUCCAGAUUUUUGUUUCAAGAAAAGCAUAAGAGUAAAUUAUAUUUAAGUGAAAAAGUUAGAAUAUUACAAAUAAAAUAUUACAUGUUCAACAGUAUUGUUAGCAGCGUGAAGCGCAAGACUGAGAAAUCCAACAAAAAGGCAAAAUAUCUUCCUUUUGCUUGCAUUGUAAGAUCUUGCCCUCGGAAAUCUUUUCCCUCCUUAUCAGUUAUGUUUGUGGACGUGUGGCUUUAUUUUAUAUACUCUUUUUGUGUGUGGAAAAUGGACUUUGUUUUCAAAAUGGCUUUAAACAUUCUUACCAUGUCUGGGGAGAUCCGUGUUUGGGUUGCCAAAUGGAUUAUUGUAACCUUUUGGCUUACAGACGUUAGUGGAAUAGAACACCAAAAAAAAAAAAAGAGAGAAAAUCGGUAUUUUUCAAUUUGUAAAUAAUGCAUAUGCAUGAAAGUUAAAGAGUAAGAGUGGCAUGUUUUGCAUCAUUUUUAAAAGAUAUUUAUCUUUACAGAUAUUAAAAAAAAAUGUAUAUUUGCUGUGUAGAUUGAGUGUCUUUCCCUAUCUUGGAUCGCCCCUCUGAAGAAGUUUGGACUUGACACAUGCUUGACGUAAAUCAGGAGUCCGUGUCUCUCCCUCCGCUCCUCCUCUUUGCUCCACAGGGCUAUAUUCUGCCAAAUCGAGCAGAUCAUGCCAAGGUGGCGCCUACUAGGAGUCUUGUGAGAACUUCUGGCUUUACGGUUGGAGGAAAUGGGGGUGGUGUAAUGUUCGCUGCUUUUUCCAAGAGUUCAAACUUUUAAAACAGAACAGUGGUUUCCUCUGCUCUGCCUCCUUUGCUGUUAUUCUCCUCCCUCCUCCUAGGUAGAUUUAGUAUCGUAAUAUGAUUUUAAGAGUUACAUGAAUAAUUUCUGAGAGCCAAACUGAGUGACAUUCACUCAUAUAACCUUUUAUAUUUUUUCUUUUUGUCUCUCUGAAGUUCAUUCUUCGAUCCUGACCGCAGCUCGAGGUUCUUUCUCCGCCUGCCCAACAUGCAUGUUGAUGAAAUUGUACUGAUGGACCUGUUGAGCUGCCUUCUUGACAUCUGUUGUCAAGUGUUUUGACUGAGCCAUUGACAAACAGGGUUAGGCAUUUUCCACAUAAUCGAUUCUUUUGCACACCAGUCGGAAGCCACCAUUAUCUCUGCUGUGAGGUUCCACGCCGCUUUAAUUCAUUUCAUGUAAAAUAAUCACGUUUGCACCUGGGAUGGUUUCCAAAGGGCCGUUUGAGUAAAGAUAUAGUUUGCAGGGAAUAUGUGAUGUAACCUUCGUACUGUGAUGUUGCAUUUGUGUACACUUUGUUCAUGCGGAAUUUUACAAAUUGUGUGUGGACGCACCGUGACCAUCACUGAAGCACUGAGACCCUGUCAUCAGGGGUACAGGGGUGGGGUUCUGGGAUAGACAGAGAUGGGACAGUGUCAUUGCAGAUCAACUUGACGUAUUCAGACAACACCAAAGUGUCAGUCUCAAACGGAUGAUUUCUCUCCCCCCCCCCCCCCCCCACUUUCUGCUGGAAGUGUGACUCAUAUAGGCUUUUUGUUUUUUCUUUUAUACUUCAAAUGUGUUCCAUGAAAAUAAAUGUCCUAAAAUGCAUUCUUCAUUCAAUUAAUAGCAUUCUCUUGCGUUUUUGCCUGUUAAUCCUUUUGCUUUGUGUGCUGGGAAUGAUUGCAAUUUUUUUUUUUUAUGUAAGUCUUUGUAAUGUGCCGUGGAUGAGUGCUGAGAUGGUCUUCCAGGUAUAAACAUACAUGCUUUCACUAUUAAAUGAGAUCUGGAUAUUUCUGCAAGAACAGAAAUAUGUAAAUGUAGGUCCCUGUAGUUUCUAUUACAAUGGGACAAGGUGUGAUCUACAAGAACAUGGAAUGGUUAUACUGCCCCUGUAUGCAGCGUAGUGUGUUUAACUGUCCCCUUCCAGCCACUUUGCUUCUCAGUUAAGCCUAUUUGAUCAUGUCUGCUAGUUCAUAAGCAUCCAAAUUUAACAUUCACGGUAACAAAAAGCAGCUGCUCUCAUUUUGUUGAGACAUCCAAAAACUUUUAAUACUUUUCUACAUGUAUCCUUUAUGGUUUUUUUUUUUUUUUUUUUUUUUGGAUUUGUUAUAUACAUAGUGUACAAAUGUGUAAGAAAUUAGUUGUUCGUUUUGAAAAAAAACAAAUAUUAAAGUGCAAAAUGUUGCAAACAUUGCUUUA